AUGCUGCUUUACACCAAAUCGGUCACCGAGCAUAGGGUCCUGGCGUCGACGCAGCGCGGCAUCACUAAUCCGCGCGAGAAGGGUUCAGCCACUGCCAUCGGAGAGAUGCUGGACAAAUGCGCCAGGGUUAUCCUCCCACCAAGCGCUAUUCCAAGCAAUGCAGAUGCUGUCGUCUAUGCGAAGCUCAUGCACGGUUAUUGCCAAAGCCAGGAGAAAUACCGUGACCUGAUGCGUCACGAUUAUGAGGCUCCUCGAAAACGGCAGGACGAGAUCGAAUAUUAUCAAUCAGAAAACGGCACGUGGGCUCUUCCUCCCCCUCUUCGGCAGUCGCGAGAUAUGAUUUACGACUUUACGGGGCUGGGUGGCAAGGUCCGUGCGAUCAUGGACGAGAGGUCUGAUAUGAAGACCGAUGAAAGGCAAGAGCUGGGUUAUCACACCAUGCGGCUCGCUUUCGAGCACGUCAUGAGCAGGGUCAUUCUUGCAUUGCAGAAUGACGAAGAGCUCUUGGCCAAUCCCCCACAGGCAUUGGUCAUUUCUGGGGGCGUGGCCAGCAAUAUGUUUUUUAGGAAAGUUGCCGCAUCUAUGUUGCAGGCACGAGGUUUUGGUGAUAUUGAUGUCACGGCCCCCAGACCCGCUUGGUGCACUGAUAAUGCUGCAAUGAUCGCCUGGACAGGAUAUAAGAUGUAUCAAGCUGGCUGGACCACGGACAACGCGUUUCUGCCCCAAGGCGAGUGGCCGAUCGAGGAGAUCUUGACAGGCGUCGACUGUUGGGUUGAAAACAGUGACGCCGCCUCUUUGAAACCUACGGAAAAUGUGGCGGCUCCUCCGCAGGACACGUCCCAGGUACCGGAUAACUUGCAACCCCAGGAGCCAAUACUUUCCUCAACAUCAAAUGCUCCUGCGAAGUCGGAUGCAAGUGUUAAGCCGAAUCUUGACAAAACAAAUCGAUGUGAAGCAAAUGAGAAGUCCUUUUCACUAGAGGAGAAACUGCAACGUAUUCAGCGCAAGCUCGAGCAAAUCACUACAGCCAAGGCCGAGUAUGACGACGGCAAGCCAAGUGUGGAACAUGGUCCAUGUCGACCGUCGUUGCAGGGUGAACUGCACGCUCCGAACAGUGAGGAGCCAGACUCUCUGCCCAGAGGGACCCCAGGACCUCCAUCGACGCAGGCACGAAAACGCCCAGCCCAGUCGGAAGACUCAUCUACGCAGUUGGCGCGGAGGACGUCGUCCCCGUCAGGACUGCAGCGCCGCAGGAGGGGCAGGGAGCACACGAGUUCGGUGCGAGACUUGAUAGAGAAAGAGAGGGAGCUCUUGCGCCCUAUCAGUCGGCGAGCAGCGGACCCUUUCAGAAGGCCAGAGACCGGUACUGGCCCCAGAUCGCCAAGUCGUGCCGGUGUGGACAGGGUUUGGACCCCAAGGCAUCGACUCGAGAGAGCUGGCGAGUCCCGGGCCAAGGUCGGUCCUUUCGCCUCAGGACCAACAAAGGUGUCCACCGACGAGGUCAUACACCAGGCGGCGGAGGUGCGGAAGCGGAACGAGAAGCAAAAGGGAAAAGAGGAGAAGGGUGAGAAGCGUCUCGAGCGGCUGCGCCCGACCGCGGAUGACACCUCCGUCGAGCCUGAGAAGAAGAGGACCGUCGUACGGCUGCUUCCGCGGGCGGAAAACCCGGUCCCUGAGGGGCCGCUCCGAACAGGACUCAAUUCGCUCAAAAGAUGGGUUGGUCUGUAA